AUGCAACAGACACCCAGCUUCUUGCCAAUCCCAGCAACUGCCCAUGGUGGGCCUCCUCGCGGAAGCUUCCCUCGCCAGACCAGCUUCAGUGACAUGAAUGCCCAGGCGGGGCCGUCCAGGAUCGGUGACUCGUCUAUCAGCGGCCUCAGCACCAUGAUGCAGGCGAAUGGCACGCCACCCAGCAAUGCGUCUCCGUCAUCAAACCCCCACUCUGGAUUCCAUCCAGGAUCGUUUGGAGCACCGUUGUCCUUCUCUGCGCUCGCUCUUGGGGCUACACAGACAGGCUCAUCGCCGUACUCGUCGAGCAUGGCCAUGAGCAUUAGUCCGCCCAGGUGGGCGCCAGGCAGCAUGGGAGGCUUCGGCAGUGGUAGCUUUGUGGGCAGCGUCGGUGCUCUGGGUACUAGCUUUGGCCGAACAGCCGACAGUCGGGACCGUGAGCUCGAGGCCAAGUACGUCAAGGACUUUACGUGCUGUGGCAAGCAGCUCUCGGGCCUGCACGAGUUGUUGGAACACUAUGAGGAGCACCAUGCCGGCCUCGACCCUGACGUUCGCAUGGCUGCAAUCAACGCUGUCCAGUCUGGCCAGGGGCCUGUUCCCAUCGCCAAGCGUUCCUUCACUCCGUCCAUGGGUGCCAUGGGUCACGGUGAUGCACCGACAACGCCUGGCAUGAUGGACAUUGAAAUGGACGAGCCCAGCCCAGUCACCCCGAGUGCCCUCCUCCAGCAAGCCUCAGUCGCAAGUCUCAGUGUCAACCUCCAGCCGGGAACCAAUGUUCCUUGGACCGGUGCGUUCAGGACCCUUACAACAAACAUGCAACCGCCUGCAUGUGUGCCGCCCAGUGUCCUCUCGUACGCACCGCCACCGCCAGCAGCGCAGCCUCCCACACCGACGACACCGCGUCAGUCAACGUCAUCAUCGGCUUCGACACCGGCUACUCCUCAGCUCCCUGUCGGCGUCACACCAGAGCAGCUCGCCCAGGCCAAGAUGCUCAAGAAGGCGCAGAAGAGGGCCGAGAAGCAGGCCAAGGAGGAAGAACAGGAGGAGAGCCAGGACCCACCGGGGGAGAAGCGCUUCCGCUGCCCAAUCGAAGGAUGUGGCAAGGUAUACAAGCAGGCCAACGGUCUCAAGUACCACCUUACUCGCAGUAUCAACUCGGGCCACGGCAAUGUCGCGGCCAUGGGGGGGCUCAUGGCUCUCCUCGACAACGACAGUCAGUCAUAA